GAAUCAGCAAACCAUCAUCCGGACCCUAGUUCGAGGCUGCGAGGGUCUGCGCCCUAUCAGUUGCGUGCUUCUAUUCGUGCAAAGUGGUACACCGGUCCUGAGCACCGAUGGCGAGCUUCAGGGCAAUUAUAUUGAGUUUAUGCUUAUUGAGUCAGUUCUAUGGUGGCUUCGUUCAAGGUCAGUAUGGACCGAUGACCGAGAGGAACGCCCCGACAAGAGGGCAAAACGGUGUUUACUAUGGAAACCCCGAAAACGCCGCCCACAGAGAGGUUGAAAAACACAUACGCAUUUCGUGCAGGGAAAAUGCGAUAAAUUACGAUUGCCUUUUCAAAGAUGUUCACAUCGAAGAAUCGGAAGCGGUAUCCCCAGACCGCUUUGUGGAUCAUGGACGAUCGUACACCACAGACGUCAAGUCUCUGGCGUUUGUCAGCUCCACUAUCAGGCGAUUGCCGAAAGAAUUGCUGGCCACAUAUCCUUACACUGCAUUGCUCAACCUUCGAGAAGUGCAACUGAGAGCGAUCGAUCGCGAUGCAUUUAUGUAUGGUGGACAGCUGCAGCAGCUGUAUGUCGGAUUCAAUUCACUACCUUUCCUUGACCGUGGCGUGUUUGAUAGUUUAUCUUCUCUGGGAGCAAUAGACCUAAAUAGAAACCUCCUUUCGUACCUUCCGAUGGAUUUGUUUUGGAGAAACCCGUCACUGUACAGUGUUUCAAUAUCAAACAACGCUCUUACGCGCAUCGAAGAUAGAACCUUCAUUUAUAAUGCUAUCUUGGAGAGUGUCAAUGUUUCUAGUAACAGUAUCGAAUACUUUGACCUGGGUCAACUUACUGCGGCGUAUGAGAUCGAUGUCAGCUACAACAAGCUGACUCAAGUGAGGAUUCCCUCAAGCUUGAGUAGACUGUUUGCCUCUAACAAUCUCAUCAACAGCAUAGUAUCAAAUGGACAAAACAGAGAACUAAAGGAGCUGUACCUCUCGAAUAACAAGCUAACGACCAUUUCCUGGGCAGCAUUGUACCCGGGAUUGGAAGAGCUCGACCUAUCGCACAACGAAAUAGAAGAAAUCAAGCGUGAGCAUUUAGUAGCAGCAAAUCUCACGAAGCUGUUGCUGAACAACAAUCGUUUGUUCUCCUUCGAUCUGAAUCCGGUACCAAAGCAUCUACGGGUAUUGGAUCUGUCUCACAAUCAGUUGAGCUACGUAGAAAAGAGCACAAAGCUGUUUGACAGACUACAUCAGCUGUACCUGCACAAUAACGCUAUCGUGGCGCUGAAACUAUCUCCCAACAACACCCUACAGAACGUAAGUCUCUCGAACAACGAUUGGGAUUGCGCGAAUCUGCGCACACAGCUCGGGAUGAUCAACCCAAAUAGCGUUCAGGACUUGGAUGUGCCCCCCUGCAAACAUGGAUACAUUAUGGAGAGUAGUUUAUGCUGCAAGGAAACCGCCAUGCCGUACCACGAUCGAUUGUUGGAACAGAUCCACACGAACAAUGUUUUUACGAGAGGACACAGAAUCCAGUGUGAAGGUGAGCCGCAUGCGAUCGUCGAUAUUGACGAGCUGAAUAAAGGCCUACAAACUGUUUCGUCCGAGUCACCCGAGGCACUCAGGGGUGAAUUGCGAGAGCUGAAAUCAACUGUUGCAUCACUAUCAGCUGAGAAAACUUCUGGACAACAGGAGCUGUAUACUGUCAAGCAAUUGCUUAGCAACAAGCUGCCCCGCUAUGGCGGUAUCCAUGAAGGUUUCGACACAGCGCGAAUGUUGGCGGACAAAUUGAUAUCGCGCCUAGACGAUCGCAAACGGCUCCGUGAAAGCAAAUCAGCGGAGGGAAGGGAAGAAGCGAAGGCGAAGGAAACGGAAAGAGAUGAACUAAAAUCGUUUAUUGAUUCGUUGGAGACCAUUUUAAAAAAUAAGAAAGCUGUGAACCUUAAAAUGAAAAAGGAUACUGCCGAAACCACCCAGGAAAUUAAAAAACUCCAAGCCAAACUGAACGCCAACGCGCGUUCUAGCCGCAUAAAUAUCUAAAAUGUUUCUGCCGUACCGAAUAAUUGUUGGAUGCAUUCCACACUAACCGGCGAACCAUUGUACGGAUGUUGAAAGAGUAAUAAACGGAAGGUUUUACGGAAAUCA